AUGCUGCAUGGUAGCGCCGAUGAUGUCGAUCAAGCCCUGGAAGUGGAGGCAGAGCAUACUAAGUGGUGGAAUAUGGUCGAUGAACACUUGUCUAAUGACGAGCAGACGCAAACCAUAUCCAAAGCACAUCAAGUCACACUCAUCGUCCUUCGCUUCGAGUCAGUGCUUGCUCUCCAUCGUUCCGUGUUAGCAACGUCUAAGAAGAACGCUGCAUACAACGCUGCGCUGCAACGCUGCAUAUCAGCCUCGCGCUCCAUAAUAAACACAUUACACAAAGCCCUCAGGGGUUUCGGGGCGUUCGAUGGCUCACCCGGUCAACAUGGAUACGAAAGAACUCCUCUGCUCUGGCCAUCAUUUACCUGGGCAGUAUGGAUGAGUACGUUUAUUAUCCUGUCUGCCGCUGCGGACGGACAGGUUACGCGCGACAUCGCAUUCAGGCUCUCAGACCGAAGCAUUCAGAUUCUCAAGCACCUGGCGUUGAGGGGUACGAGUUGGCCAGACGCAUGCAUAGUCGCUAUCCAAAACCUUGUCACACGACUCGAUAAGCCAUGUAGCCGCGACCUUACGAACACGUCUAGGGACAGCUCGCGGCCGGCAACUCAUGCUGCUCGCGACCCCUCCAUUGGCAUGGAUAACUGGCAAGCUCAGAGACAAGUAACAGCAAAUCGUUCGGGAAAUUACGUGGCCUCAAGACACAAUCCAGCGACAGGCACAGUGACGCCAACAGGACAGCUCCAGAGACUUGCCGAUCAGCCCCAUGCAGUACCAUAUUCCGCAAACUUCACAACCCAAGGGACAGAGUCAACCCUAUCUAACGCCAACGCACAAUCUGCCGAGAUGCAGAAUGCCAACAGUCUAACAUUCGACUAUCUUGCGGGAGCAGGGAACUUUCUUGGUAUUGCACAGCAAUAUUCAGACAAUCCCUUACCCAACGAAGAGAUCAUGCAUCUCUUCAACGGCGAAGACAUCAACUACUGGUUCGGCAACGACCCUGCGAUGACUGAAAAUCCACUUUAUCAUGAACAAAGCUUUCAUUGA